AUGGCUGACCUUUUUGUUGCACUGCCACCUGUCACAGCAUAUGGUGCUGUUUUGUUUGGAAAGAAUUCUAAUCGACCUGCAUCUGAAGUUCAAGAUGUCAUAUACGUGCCAGCCAAAGAUCAUGAAGAUGGAGACAAGGUUAAGUGCACUUACAUUGAAGUGGAUCAGGUGACCCACACACAUGCUGUGAUACUCAGCAAGCCUGCCUGGAUGUGGGGUGCUGAGAUGGGAGCCAACGAAAAAGGUGUGGCCAUUGGAAAUGCACCGGUCUGGACCAAGCUGAAUGGACAGCAGGACUUGGACAAGAAAUUGCUUGGGACUGACAUUGUUAGACUUAGUCUAGAGCGGGCAUCAACAGCCCGUGAAGCAGUCGAUGUGAUUUCAUCCCUGCUAGAGAGCCCUGGCCAGGGAGGACCUUGUACAGAUGAGUCUGACAAAGAAGGCUGGUGCUUUCACAACAGUUUUCUCAUAGCAGACGGUACAGAGGCUUGGGUUGUUGAGUCAGCCAGGACAUUGUGGGCAGCAGAGAGAAUUUCAGAUGGUUUCAGAAAUGUCUCAAAUGAAUUAAGCAUUAGAACAAAGAUGGACCUCACUUCACCUGGUCUCAUAGACCAGGCCAAAGCUUUGGGGCUAUAUUCUGAAGAUAAAGGGCCAUUUGAUUUCAAGGCCAUGUUGUGUGCACGUUCUGAGUCGGAGAUAUCAUCAGUUAACAACACAAGUGUUCGGUACAGACGGGGACAUGAGCUUUUGGAGAAGGCUGCUGCUUCAGGUGCACUGAGCUACCAAGACUUCUUCAGUAUUCUUCGUGACGAGGAUGGUGGAAUUUGUAUGAUGGACGGUGGUUUCAUCACCGCAGGCAGUCAAGUCUCAGUUCUCCUACCAGCUUCUUCUUGCUCUCCGUGUGUCCACUGGUUCACAGGGACACCCAACCCUGCCACUUCUAUUUACAAGCCAUUCUUCUUCGGCCCCGGCGCUGAAGUCGGUGAUGUCACUUUGUCCCCGCCAGAAGAAGCAGGAGCAGAACCAGGCAAGCGAGGACAUGCUCUUUACAGGAGCCACCAGCGCUUGUGCAGCCUGAUGGAGAGUCAGGAAGAGAAAGGGCAUAUGGUGCUGGCGCAGCUGCGCGAGCUGGAGAAGAAAUGCUGCGAAGAUGUUGAUGAAAUUAUUGCUAACUAUGACGAGGCAAGCUUCCCUAAACUCAAGCAGAUAUUCAAACACCUAGCAAGUAUGGAGAUCAAUUUCUACUUAUAG